AUGCAUCGGCCCAUCCCCUCCACCCUGCCAGAGUCCCCGGGUUGCAACUCUUCCGGUAGCACUUUACUGUUGGGUCUGAAGAGGGUGUCGGUGCGGCUGGUCGACUGCAGGAAAACAGCAGGGCAGAGUGGAACUGUGAUAAAAGGACACGAGGAGGGAGAUUUGAUUUCAUCAAGGGACUCCCAUAACCAUCGCUCUUUCAGUGGAAGGUACCUAUCAUCUUGGGAGCCUCAACAACAUCAUGUUGCUGAGGAGGCAGAGAAGAGUCUUUCCAGAUCAGAUCACCUCAAGAAACACCAGCAGAGAAAUACAGUGAAGAAACCUCACCACUGUUACUCUGACUUUGGGAAGAAUUUGACUAGACUGAGGUCCUUAAUUCACCAGCAGAUUCACACUGGAGAGAAACUGUACUGCUGCUCUCAGUGUGGGAGGGGUUUUACUGCAUCUAAUGCCUUAAAAUAUCAUCUGAAAAUUCAUACAGGGGAGAGGCCUUACCCCUGCCUUGAUUGUGGGAAAAGCUUUGCUAAUUCAGGAGGCCUGACCAUACACAAGCGUUUACACACUGGAGAGAAACCUUAUAGCUGUGAACAGUGUAGGAAGAGCUUCAAUCAGUCAGGCCACCUGACUACACACCAGCGAACACACACUGGAGAGAGGCCUUAUAGCUGUGAUCAAUGUGGGAAGAGAUUCAAUCAGUCAGGAGAGCUGACUACACACCAGCGAACACACACUGGACAGAGGCCUUAUAGCUGUGAUCAAUGUGGGAAGAGAUUCAAUCAGUCAGGAGAGCUGACUACACACAAACUAACACACACUGGAGAGAGACCUUACGUCUGUCUAUGUGGAAAAGGCUUUGCUCGAGCUUCCACCCUGACUAGACACCAGCGAACACACACUGGAGAGAAACCUUAUAGCUGUGAUCAGUGUGGAAAGAGCUUUUCUCAAACUUUCUCCCUGACUAAACACAAGCUAACACACACUGGAGAGAAAGAAGCCUUAUAUCUGUGAUCAGUGUGGGAAUUGUUUCGUCAGUUAUGGACCCUUUAUUCACACCAGUGAAGACACACUGGAGAAGGAACCUUAUGUCUGUCUAGGUUGGAAGAGCUUUGUUUAUUUAGGGCCAAUGAGAGAGAAAAACCACCAGAAAACAAAAACAUGCCGUAUUUCAUCUCCCUCCCUUCCAGCACCGGUUUCAGACCCAUAAAUAAAGGACCAAUAGAAAAUAUCUAGUGAACAGUCAUAUCCAUCUCCCAUUCUUAAACAGUUGCCUUAGUCUGAUCACCAUGGUAACCUCCAUGGAGCAUAAUAUGCAGCUCUGAUCUAGGAUCAGGUCUCCCCUGUGUCUAUGUAAUAUCACACAUUGAUCUAAAUGGAUAAAUGUUAUCAUAGGAAAUGUCAUAGUGAACCUGUGGGGGGAUGUUGAUAAUUGUAUCUUUCAUACACAUGACACUAUUAUAAUGUCUUCAUGUAGAAUAAUGUUUCAACAAUAGGUGUAUAUUCAUUUUAAAUGAAUUCUUCUAAACAAGAACUUAUCACUUUCAUUUUUUAAAUGUAUAUCUACAUUCAUUAAAAGGAUCCUAAAACUAAUCAAUGAGGCAUUGAAUAAUAAUAUUCAUGAGGUCAAGGAAAGAACUAUGUAUGCUGUCUUGUAACAACGGUUAAUGUAAUAACUUUUAGAUUUAUAAUGUAAUAAAACCAGUAAAUGUAA